AUGUGGCGCCUUCUUCUUGCUACCUCAGUGAUGGCUGAACCGGAGAGCAGAAGGUUCCUUCAGAGGCGCGCCGAGGAUUCAACGCCAACAUGUGGUGGCAUCGAGCUGGAACCAAAUGACCUUUGCCGAGACACUGUCCUUUGGGCAGCAGGCGGUGGAAAAUGGGAUGCACGCGCAGUCGACUGGUUCAAAAACUUUGAGAGCAUUGCCGGCGUACCAAUUGGGUCUGGCAACGUUGCUGACUACCAGCGGCUCUACUGGUGUGCUCCACCAGGUGGCAAAUAUUGCGGCUUGCCACCAUGCUCAGGUUGUAGCAGCCCUCCGUGCGAUGACUGCUUUGCCGGGAAACCUCUAGUCGCGAACCUACGACCAGGCUGCGAAGCCAAUGACACGAGCAUCGGGUGCAUCCCACCAGAGACUACCAUGGGUUACAAAGGACAGCAUUGGCCCACAACAUACAUCGAUGGCACACAGGAGAUGCACAUUUUUUUGAUUGGGGAUUGGGGUGGCCUAGACGGAAGUCUUGAUACAAACCAGGGCCGGCCAGAGUUGAUUGCGUACAACUGGGGCCGGCAGCCUGGGCCCAGUGUCUUUCCACGCAGCCGCUGGAACAAGAGACACACGGAACAGCUUUGCAGCCAUAAGGAGUUUGUGGAAUGUUUCAACACUUUUGGCGAAGCGCCUUGUAUACCAGAAUGUGGUUUUGUGAUGGGAGUGGACGACAAGCCACAGCUAUUGGUGGCUGAAGCAUUCAAGGCGCGUGCGGCCUUGAAAGAUCCACAGUAUAUUCUGAAUGUGGGGGACAACUUCUAUUGGGGAGGCAUCGAGAAAACCUGUGGCUUUCCGAUGAACAUGUUGUCAUACCCAGCAAAGCACCAAUUCGAUGAGAUUUUUGAAGGAAUUUAUCAAGGACCCGGCCUGAGUGGCAAGCCAUGGUUUGGUGUGCUGGGAAAUCAUGACUGGGGUGGAUUCCGAUUCGACAAUGGCUGGGACCAGCAAAUGUCCUACACCUGGUUUAGCGAUCGAUGGGUAUUGCCCGCUGUGUACUACAAAACCUCAAUGGUUUACAAGGAUCUUGGCUUUGACGUGGACAUCUACUUCCUGGACACCAAUUUUCUGGAUGCUAAGCCACCAGAGGAGGAUCCAAGUCACAACAUGUGCAGCUCAAAGAACAACAAGCCCAGCGCAACCUGCUCAGCUGCUGGUGGGCCCGAAUCUAUCGAGUCAUGUCCUGCCUGGUUUGCAAGCCUCUGGAAAGAGCAAAAAAAGUGGAUCGGGGACUUGCUGCCCAAGUCUACUGCUACGUGGCAGUUCGUUGUGACGCACUUCCCUUGUGGACACGAGCAGCAAUUCUACCGAAGGUUGAGGAGGAAGGGACUGGACCUGCUAAUCACAGGUCACCGCCAUGAUCAAGAGCUUUGGCGAGAAGAUGAUUAUCAUAAGAACCACAUGGGCGUAGCAUGUAUCGUCACUGGUGGUGGAGGUGGCAUCACCUCUGAGGCAACACCCAAUCCAAACAACACCAUCGAUUGGUAUGGUGAAGGCCAGUAUGGCUUCUACGACCUCACAAUCAGCAAGACUGAGAUUUUGAUCGAGUCCAUCAACUACAACGGUGAGCUCCUGCUGACCCAUAAGGUAUAUCCCAAGUGA